AUGCAUCAACCACCUACGAUCCUUGAGGGUGAUGAAGAAACCGAAGGAGUAGCACAAGUCGGCGAAGGAACACACUUCCCGCAUACGGGUGUUCAUCAAGUACCGCCAAUGCAUGAUUCAACGGCGACUGCGGGAGAACUACAGCCACGUGAAGAUGAGGGAGUUGGGUAUGGAGAAACGCCAACAUUACAAAAUGAAAUGAUUGCUGUAAGUGGUGAUACGCCAACUGACGCACCACAACAAGCCGAGUAUAAACAGCCAUCAUCUGUUGAUCAUCCUAUCAUUGAAGAUGGAGCACAAGAAGGAACAUCUGUUGAUCCAGAUGUCGAACGUGAAAUUCAAGAACGAUCCGAGGAUCACAGUGGUUUAGCAGGCGUUUCAGACGAUGAAGCUGAACAUCCUGUACGAGCAGAUGUACAAUCACCGAUACCCGAAGAACCAUCGGAUGGUUCUCCACAUGCUCAAAAACAUCCUCAUUUGGAUGACACUCUGCCUAGCACACCUGAUAAACAACAUCUAUCAGCGAGAAGUCAUAAAGAUGUUGAAUUUAAAGACGUUGAUCAUCGAGAUGAACCCGAAGAUUUAGUACCGGUCGAACCCGAGAUACAAAUAGAUCGUGAACAACUUCUUGCUCGUUAUCACGAAGCUGAAAUCGAACGUGAUCGUCUUCGAGGUAUCAAUGUUGCUUUACAACAACGUUUAGCUGAAUACUUACAAAAACGCAAAGGUACGGAAGAUGUUCCAGCUGUCGCACAUGGCAACGAACGUUCGACAGCUGAACAGCAACAACGCUAUCAAAAAUAUCUCAGUGAAAUCGAAAGUUUACAAGAACGAAUCAAAUAUGAUCAGAGCGAGUACGAACGACAACGUCAAGAGUACGAGGAACAAAUUCAAGAGAAAAAAGAACAUGUCGAUCAACUGAAAAUUGAAUAUGUUCGAUUAGUUAAACAAAUUGCAUCCAAAGCCGUUUUCUCUCGCAGUGGUAAAACAAUAACCAAUCAGGAUUGGCGUACACCGCCAAGAAACUUUUCUGUUGAAGUGGAAACUUAUUUAACUUUGUUACGAGAAAAGGAAGAAGAGCUGAUCAAGACCAGACACGAAAACAUUCGUUUGAAAAAUCAGUUAAAGAAACGUGAAAUGCAACUGAAAUCCAAAGAACAGCUAUCCGAAGGUUUACACAUGAUCGAUUUCGAACAAUUGAAGAUCGAAAAUCAAACAUAUAGUGAAAAAAUCGAAGAACGAAAUGAAGAAUUGAACAAACUUCGAAAAAAAAUCGGUACCACAGUUCAAACUCUAAGUCAUAUUAAAGAAAAACUUAAUUAUGUCGGUCAACAACGUGCCAAAGCGGAAAGUAUUCUCGAACAGACGGAAUCUGAAGUGAAACAGAAACGUGAUGAAUUAGCAACGAUUAAACGUCGUCGUGAUCGUUUGCGACAAGAAAAUCAAACACUCAAGCAAAGUUCGGGUUUGAUCGGGAACGAACUUUUACUUCGAGAUUAUGAAGAACGGUACGAUGACAUCGACAAAUGUACCGAGAAGCUGGAAAAUUUGAAAAAACACCAUGCGGAGAUCACAUUAACGUGUAAAGUCCUGAAGAAAAAGAUUUCUAAGGUUCAAUCAUAG